UCACCACAGCGAUGGUCGGCCCGAAAAGGCCACUACGGACUAUGAACGGGAGGAAACGGGACGCCGCGGUGGGUUUUCUCGACGAGAGAGGGCGCCUGAACGCCUGUCAGAAUCCAAGGAUCCCUUUCAUUCUCUCUACAUAUUGCUUGAUGAGAGGCAUUAUGGCUCCCAAAGACAUAAUGACAAAUACUCAUGCUAAAUCCAUCCUCAAUUCCAUGAACUCCCUCAGGAAGAGCAAUACCCUCUGUGAUGUGACACUGAGAGUGGAACAGAAGGACUUCCCCGCCCACCGGAUCGUGCUGGCUGCCUGCAGUGAUUACUUCUGCGCCAUGUUCACCAGUGAGCUUUCAGAGAAGGGGAAACCGUAUGUAGAUAUUCAAGGUUUAACUGCCUCGACCAUGGAGAUCCUGUUGGACUUUGUGUACACGGAGACUGUGCACGUGACGGUGGAGAAUGUCCAGGAACUGCUCCCCGCAGCCUGCCUGCUUCAGCUGAAAGGCGUGAAGCAAGCCUGCUGCGAGUUCUUAGAAAGCCAGCUGGACCCUUCCAACUGCCUGGGCAUCCGGGACUUCGCUGAGACUCACAACUGUGUUGACCUGAUGCGAGCAGCUGAGGUUUUCAGCCAGAAGCAUUUUCCUGAAGUGGUGCAGCAUGAAGAGUUCAUCCUUCUCGGCCAGGGAGAGGUGGAGAAGCUCAUCAAGUGUGACGAGAUCCAGGUGCCGCCUGCUUGGUGUCCGCUCUCUAGGGCGGCCAAGGCCCAGGUGGAUUCUGAAGAGCCGGUCUUCGAGGCUGUGAUCAACUGGGUGAAGCAUGCCAAGAAGGAGCGGGAAGGGUCCCUGCCGGACCUGCUACAAUACGUCCGGAUGCCCCUGCUGACCCCCCGCUACAUCACAGACGUCAUAGACACUGAGCCUUUCAUCCGCUGCAGUCUGCAGUGCAGGGACCUCGUUGACGAAGCCAAGAAGUUUCACCUGAGGCCUGAGCUGCGCACUCAGAUGCAGGGGCCCCGGACAAGGGCGCGGCUAGGAGCCAACGAGGUACUUCUGGUGGUCGGUGGCUUCGGAAGCCAGCAGUCUCCCAUCGACGUGGUGGAGAAGUAUGACCCCAAGACACAGGAGUGGAGCUUUUUGCCAAGCAUUACUCGGAAGAGACGCUAUGUGGCCUCGGUGUCCCUUCACGACCGGAUCUACGUGAUUGGCGGUUAUGACGGCCGCUCCCGCCUCAGCUCCGUGGAGUGUCUGGACUACACGGCAGACGAGGAUGGGGUCUGGUAUUCUGUGGCGCCAAUGAAUGUGCGACGCGGCCUGGCUGGAGCCACCACCCUCGGAGAUAUGAUCUAUGUCUCUGGGGGCUUUGAUGGAAGCAGGCGCCACACCAGUAUGGAGCGCUAUGACCCAAACAUUGACCAGUGGAGCAUGCUGGGCGACAUGCAGACGGCCCGGGAAGGUGCCGGCCUCGUGGUGGCCAGUGGGGUGAUCUACUGUCUAGGAGGAUAUGAUGGCUUAAAUAUCUUAAACUCAGUUGAGAAGUACGACCCCCAUACGGGACACUGGACUAAUGUCACGCCAAUGGCCACCAAGCGCUCAGGUGCAGGGGUAGCCCUGCUGAAUGACCGUAUUUAUGUGGUGGGCGGAUUCGAUGGUACAGCCCACCUUUCUUCUGUGGAAGCCUACAACAUUCGCACCGACUCCUGGACAACCGUCACGAGCAUGACCACCCCGCGGUGCUACGUCGGGGCCACCGUGCUUCGGGGGAGACUUUAUGCAAUUGCAGGCUACGACGGGAACUCCCUGCUGAGCAGCAUUGAGUGCUACGACCCCAUCAUCGACAGCUGGGAGGUCGUGACCUCCAUGGGCACUCAGCGCUGCGACGCCGGCGUGUGUGUCCUCCGAGAGAAGUGAUGGGGCGAAGGGACAGUUUGCAGAGAACCAAGGGUCCUUUCCAGAAUGUCUGUUUCUCAGUGUGGGGAGGGGAUUACAGGCUCAGCGCCGCCGCUCUGAUUGCGCUUAUUUGACACGCCCUGGCGUUGAGGGUGUCCCCAAGGAGGGUGGGCAGCAGAUACUCGAGGAAGGAGGCCGCAUCCUGCGUGGGUGUGAUGGGCCAGACCCCUCUCCUCCUGGCUGAGGGGGCACUUGGGCCUCACCUUUAACUUAGAGACUAUACCUUUAAGUUGUGCCUCGUGUGCUGUGGAGAAUUAAGGUGAAUAUGAACUCCAGGGUGUGGGCAGUAUCCAGCCUCGAUGGUUGGAAGGGUACCAACUCUCUUGGUUUUCCAAGAAUAAAUCUAUACUAGUCUACAGGUAGCAGGGGCAACACAGUUCUGUUCUGGAGGAAAAAGAGGGAAGAGCCCUGUCAAAACCUUGGGGGCCUCGGGCGUGGGGGAACUGGAUAUCCAGUGCAGGGCGGGAGCUGGGUGCGGUGGGGUGUGAGGGAACCCGCAACACGUGGAAGGCUGCGGGGGCGUGUUACCUGAGGGUCUUUCCUGGGCCGUAGAGACAGAGCAGCAGAGCCGGCGCGUGUUAGCUGAGCAGCAGUGAGGAAAAGUGGGCCUUCUGUGCGCCGGGGACAAACUGUGACUUCGCCGUUGCCUUCCCUGCCGCCGCGCCUUUAUCCCAGGAAGGUUUUCCUCUGUUGAAUCAAGGACUGCUUUCUCCACUGUUGCCGUCAGUACUGUUUAUAGGGGGAGGGGAGGAGCGGGGGUGGCAGCCGCCUAGUUCAGCCACCUGAUAACUCCCUCAUUCGUGUAAGGGCAUACUUCUGCUAAGGAGACGUUUCUACUGCUGUGUUUUGUACAUGUUGUCCUUUCUUAUUAGAACACCCCUUCCCUGUCUUUAGACUGGAUCUUACUCAUCCCAGGACAGAAUAAUCAAUGACAACCGAAAUCCAUUUGUUAGUUUCAGUACCUCCUGUCCUUCUGAACUCCUCCCGAGGCUCCCUGUGUUGUGCAGUGACAUUCCUGCUCUGAGAAUUGGGAGUGUGGGGACAACAUGGUCACCUAAACAAGAAUGCACUUUCCUUUUGCUCUGAAAUUCCUUUUUUCCCUCUUUCCCUGAGUUGUAUUGACCUAAAGUUCAUUUUGUUUGUAUUUUUUUAAGAAAAUAUUAAAAAAAAAAAAAAAAA